ACGUCACUGGCUCCUGCGCCGCGCCGGGCAAAAUGGCGGCUGUGCAAGACGGAACGAUCGAGUUGGACACCGAGAAAGAAACAAAGCCUGAAAUUCUCAGCGAUGGAUCAGUAAAGCUCGCGGGAAACACAGGGAGCGGGGCACUCUCCACGUUGCCCCCCGCCGGCGGCGGAGCUCCGAAGAUGGAGGACCAGCAAACUUUGAUCGCGGUGCUGCAGUUUCUGAAGCGGAAUAAACUGACGGAGUCGGUGGAUAUUUUGCGGCGUGAAGCUGGUCUGUCGGACGACCAGGAGGACUCGCAGGGUGCCGAUGCUGGUGGUGGAGGGCUUGGGGCUGGAGGGAAGGGUGAUGGCGAUGGAGUGGAUGCAAAGUCUCUGCUCAACCGUGUGUCCAUCGCAUCAGCAGCCGCCCCCCAGAGCGCCCCUCUACCUGCAAAAAGUGGGGAAGACCAGCCAGAUGUGAGUGUUGUGUUGUCAGCAUACACCCAGCAGGGGGACCCAUCCCUGUAUAAGGUUUACUACAGUGACCUGAAGAAGUUCAUUGAGUCGGUCCUGGACUGUCACAGGGCCGAGCUGUCACAGCUCUUCUACCCUCUGUUUGUUCACAUGUACCUGGAGCUGGUCUACAAUAACCAUGAGACCGAAGCUAAGGCUUUCUUUGAAAAGUUUAGUGGUGAUCAGGAAUGCUACUACGAGGACGACCUGCGCGUUCUCUGUGGCCUUACGAAGAAAGAGCACAUGAAGGGGAAUGAGGCUCUGUUGGACUUCCGCACCAGCCGCUUCGUGCUCCGGAUCUCCCGGGACUCCUAUCAGCUGCUAAAGAGACACCUGCAGGAACGGCAAAAUAACCAGAUAUGGAACAUCAUUCAGGAGCACCUGUACAUUGACAUUUUUGACGGGAUGCCACGAAGCAAGGGUCAGAUCGACAGCAUGUCUGGCAGUCUAGGGGGGGAGGCUAAGCGAGAGGUUAACAAAGUAAAGGUAUAUUAUGGGCUGCUAAAGGAGCCAGAGAUUGAGGUCCCACUUGACGAUGAAGACGAUGAAGCAGAGAACGAGGAAGGGAAGCCCAAGAAGAAGAAAGCUAAGAAGGACAGUAUGGGCUCCAAGAGCAAAAAGCAAGACCCCAAUGCGCCUCAGCAAAACAGGAUACCUCUGCCAGAGCUGAAGGAUUCAGACAAGCUGGAUAAGAUCAUGUAUAUGAAAGAAAGCACCAAACGAAUCCGACUCAGCCCAGACAACCUGCCUUCUGUUUGCUUUUACACAUUCCUCAAUGCCUACCAGGGUUUGACGGCAGUAGACUUCACAGAUGACUCUAGUCUUCUAGCGGGAGGGUUUGCCGACUCGACCGUCCGUGUCUGGAGCGUCACACCCAAAAAAUUACGCAAGGUCAAAUCUGCUGCAGACCUGAAUCUGAUUGAUAAGGAGUCAGAUGAUGUUCUUGAGAGGAUCAUGGAUGAGAAGACAGCCAGCGAGUCGAAGAUCCUCCACGGUCAUAGUGGGCCAGUGUACGGUGUCAGCUUCAGUUCAGACAGGAACUAUUUGUUAUCCAGCUCUGAGGAUGGUACAGUCAGGCUGUGGAGUCUGCAGACGUUUACUUGUCUUGUGGGUUACAAAGGACAUAAUUAUCCGGUGUGGGACACUCAGUUUUCACCCUUUGGUUAUUAUUUCGUAUCUGGAGGACAUGACAGAGUGGCACGCCUUUGGGCCACAGAUCAUUACCAGCCGCUGCGGAUAUUUGCUGGCCAUCUAGCUGACGUCACCUGCACACGCUUUCAUCCAAACGCUAACUAUGUGGCCACGGGCUCCACCGACCGCACCGUGCGCCUCUGGGAUGUACUGAAUGGAAACUGUGUCCGAAUUUUCACAGGACACAAGGGUCCCAUCCAUUCUUUAGCAUUCUCACCCAAUGGAAAGUUCCUGGCAUCUGGCGCAACAGACGGGAGAGUUCUGCUGUGGGAUAUCGGACACGGGCUGAUGAUCGGAGAGCUGAAGGGACAUACAGACACAAUCUAUGCCCUCAGGUUCAGCAGAGACGGGGAAAUUCUCGCAUCAGGCUCUAUGGAUAACACAGUACGAUUAUGGGAUGCUAUAAAGGCUUUUGAUGAUAUAGAGAUGGAUGAUUUCACUGCAGCGACCGGACACAUUCACCUGCCCGAUAACUCCCAAGAGCUCUUGCUAGGGACAUACCACUCGAAAUCCACACCCGUCGCCCACCUGCACUUCACCAGACGUAACCUGCUCCUUGCUGCAGGGGCGUAUAACUCCCAGUGACAGGAGAUGCAGUAGUGUUUUAAAAAACAUGUGAAAUAUGUUGUGUAAUAAGAACUUUGACUCGCAGCUGCUAGUAGUUUGCAUAACCAUCAAGAUCAAACUGUAACAAGCACCGAGCGUGUACAUAAGAUACCACAAAUACCUCUUCUGUCACUGCAAAAUCUGAUCUGGGAUCAGAAUAUUCAUGUCAAAAUGAUUCAAGCUUAAACAUCUCUUCUAUAACAACACUGCCAUGCUUGAUUCCAUUCCCCUCUGCAUCAUUUAUCACUGAAUGAGGUGGCUGAUCUAGGAACAGCUCUUUUUGCCAAAUUUUGGUAUUGAUGAAGAAUUCCAAUUCAUGAUGUAUAGUAGCACUAUUCUCAUUUUCCACAAGCUUUUAUAUUACUGAAUAAUGUGUAAAUAAAACAAGUUUUCUAGACAACGUAGUUUUCUGUAAGUG